AGUGGCUUUGGACAUUCAUGUUCCCUUUCCCAGCUUCUUGUGCAUUCUAGACGUCACCGCCGCUCCAGCCAGGUCACAAGUUAGACGGCGGCAAACGAAAGCACAGCCGCUUCGAAUUUCACGCCGCUAGCCGGCUGGUCGACUUGCUCGCCUCAGUGCUGUGCUGUAGGGGCCUAGCGUAUUCGUCCAGUAAACAUGUCGCGGUGGUGCGCUCUGCUUGUGGUUCUGCUCGGAUUCUUUACCAUCGUACUAUACACUGAAGCCCAAGAGAUUCUGUGCCCUGAACACAAGCACCUGGAAGGCGAGGUACAAAAAUGCAAGCAACUACUUCCCGACCUCUCAGGAAAAAAAGAAAAGGUGGCGGCGCUGGGCAUUCGUUACGGCCUCCGCUGUGCACGCGAGGUCGACCCCGACAUCUCGCUGCCUGACAUCCGAGAGCGUCGAUGCAAAAAGGAUGACCCUCAGGACUUUCCGAGAAAGUUCUACCAGUGCUGGAACAGGCUGCUCGACACCGACGCGCUAUUGACAAGAAUUGGCUUUAACGGGGAAGAGCUUGACAGUUUCAGAGCUGCUGCGAAGUGCGUCAAUAACAUCAUCGAGAGGACCUUGACUGAAUAAAUAUCAUUAUUUUGGGCUCAACAUCAAGGAAGAUCACUUACGCCAUCGAAGUUACGCAGCCGGAACCCUUAUGCAAGAUCUUGUAAACACGCCAAGAAAGUUGUGCCACCAACCAGGAGCACGCUGGCGUGCAUCAAGUUACACCUUUUCCUGGUUUGUCCUGACAAGUGUUGAAUUGGUUUUUAUGCUAUAAAGCGGCGAACAAGAAACAAGAAA